AUGGGAAGAUCACCAUGUUGCGAUAAGGUGGGCUUGAGAAGAGGAAGAUGGACACUUGAAGAAGAUGAAAUCUUGACCAAAUACAUUGAAGCUAAUGGUCAGGGUUCUUGGAAGUCUUUACCAAAGAAUGCAGGGUUAUUGAGAUGUGGGAAAAGUUGCCGGCUACGAUGGAUCAACUACUUAAGAAGAGACAUAAAGCGAGGCAAUUUUACCCCGGAAGAAGAAGAAAAAAUCUUCAAGUUACAUGGAUCCUUAGGUAACAGAUGGUCAAGUAUAGCAAGUCAAUUACCUGGACGAACAGACAAUGAGAUCAAGAACUAUUGGAACUCUCAUUUGAGCCGCAAAACCUACAUGUUCUUCAAAACUAAAAGCAGCUCAAAACAACCCUCCAAUAAUAAAGUCGAGCAAACAAAGCCUAGAAUUGGUCGUGUGAGCCGUAAAGUUGCUAAAAAGUAUAACCCCAAUAACAUGCUUGAUAACUCCACCAUGCCCACAAUGGGUAAAUCCGGCGAUCAAACAAUGGGAAAGGAUUUAGCUUAUGUCAACGAAAACAUUAUAGAAAGUCAAGUUUGUUCAAAUGAGAUUAAUGUGACAGAAAUGGAUGAACUAUUGUUCAUAAAUGAUGAACCAAUGGGCAUGAGCUUUGUUUUAGGAGGUGAUGCCAUGGAUUCAAAUAGGCUUUUGAGUCUAGAUGAUGCGGAUCAAAGCGAAAAAUGUUUGACUAAGGCUGACUUGGACAAUUUCGAGAUGAAUGCAAAUUAUGUUGUUGAUGAUAAAGAAGAUGAAAGCCUGACAUCAAAGUCAUCCCAAACCAUGGGAUUUUGUUUUGAAGAAAACUUGGUGAGUGAUUGGGAGUUGGGGCUUGGAUUUGAAGGAUUUAGCAUUUGUGAUGAUGGUGAUGAAGAUGGUAUGUUUCUUUGGCCAUGGAACUAA